AUGGAUGGUAUUCAUGGGGAUGAUUCGCGAAUGCAGCCCAAUGAUGGACAGCAUCCUAUACUUAUGUCAUAUGAACAUCAUGAGUUGCACCAUAUGAGCAAUGGGAAUGGGAUGAAUGAUGAUCAAAACAAUGGUGGUGGCGGUGAUUCUAACUGUGGUGGAAGUGAAAAUGCGGAAGGUGAUGUACCCUCCAACAAUGGGAAUCUUCAUGGAAAUCAAAGUUCAAUAAUGGAUCAAGGGAAUAAUGAUAUUGGAGAUCAGCUUAGUUUGUCUUUUCAAGGACAGGUUUAUGUCUUUGACUCGGUGUCACCAGAAAAGGUUCAAUCUGUACUUCUGUUACUCGGGGGCCGAGAACUACCUCCAACCUUACCUUCCAUGCCAAUUUCUCCUGACGAAAAUAACCGGGGAUUUACUGGCACUCCGCAAAAAUUCAGCGUCCCUCAAAGAUUAGCCUCAUUGAUUAGAUUUCGUGAAAAGCGAAAGGAGCGAAAUUUUGACAAAAAAAUUCGUUAUACUGUUCGAAAAGAAGUAGCAUUGAGGAUGCAAAGAAAUAAAGGGCAGUUUACAUCUUCCAAGUCCAAUCAUGAUGAGUCUGAAACAAAUUGCGGGACAAAUGAAGGGUUGAUGGCAGACAAUAAUGGAUCCCAACAGCAAGACGCUGUUUGUAGGCACUGUGGCAUCAGUGAGAAGUGCACGCCAAUGAUGCGACGUGGACCUGAAGGGCCCAGAACCCUCUGCAAUGCUUGUGGACUUAUGUGGGCAAAUAAGGGAGCUCUUAGGGACCUAUCAAGGACCGCAACCUUGCCAGCACACAAUUCUCCAUUAAACAAGAAUGAGAGUCAAAAUUUGGAGAACAAUCAGAUGGUGCUUAGAGAUGCUGCUGAAUCAUCAUGA